UAAUAUAAUCCCCGCAUCCCGUUACUCUGCUGCCUCUGGUUUUUAACCACAAAACAUAAUCAAGAUAAAAAAUCAAAAAUCAAGUUCUCUGCUUGGCUGCUUGCAGGUAUGGCAUCAUCCGAUAAGCCAGAAAUAUCUGACAGGGGUUUCAAGGACAAGGAGGACGACAACGAUGACAAGGGUGGAUUUAUGGAUAAGGUCAAGGACUUCAUUCAUGACAUCGGUGAGAAGAUCGAGGAAACAAUUGGCUUUGGGAAGCCGACUGCAGAUGUAGCUGCGAUUCACAUCCCUUUCAUCAAUCUUGAGAAAGCCGACAUUGUGGUUGAUGUCCUAAUAAAGAAUCCAAAUCCUGUUCCAAUCCCCCUCGUCGACAUUGACUACCUCAUUGAGAGUGAUGGAAGGAAACUCCUUUCAGGCUUGAUUCCAGAUGCUGGAACCAUCCAUGCUCACGGGGAGGAGACUGUAAAGAUACCAGUUACUUUGAUAUAUGAUGAUAUCAAAAGUACGUACAAUGACAUUGAGCCCGGAAGCAUCAUUCCAUAUAAGCUGAAAGCUGAUCUCAUUGUUGAUGUUCCUGUUUUUGGAAGGUUAACUUUACCGCUCGAGAAAACCGGGGAGAUCCCUAUACCUUACAAGCCUGAUGUUGAUCUGGAGAAGAUACACUUUGAGAGAUUCUCUUGGGAGGAAACUGUCGCAACUCUUCACCUAAAAUUGGAAAAUAUGAAUGACUUUGACUUGGGACUCAAUGCCCUUGACUAUGAGGUCUGGCUAUCUGAAGUGAACAUUGGAGGUGCAGAACUCGAAAAAUCAACAAAGAUAAGCAAAAAAGGAGUCAGUUACGUUGACAUUCCUAUCUCCUUCAGGCCUAAGGAUUUUGGAUCUGCCCUUUGGGACAUGAUAAGAGGAAGAGGAACAGGUUACAGUAUUAAAGGUCAUAUUAAUGUUGAUACUCCAUUUGGACCAAUGAAAUUACCCAUCAGCAAGGAGGGUGGCACAACUCGCCUUAAGAAGGACGACGGCGACGACGAUGAGGAUUAGAGCAAGGAUGGUCCCCUUGAGCAUCUUUUGCUUCAUUACAAACAGUUCAUCGCAAUAAUAUAUUAUUAAUGGUGUGCUGAAGUUAAUGUUUAGAUUCUGAUGGUAAACAUGUACUGCAAUUGUGGAAGACUUGGUACCUAUAACUAUGCAUAUAUAUAUUAUGCAUUGCGUAUGUCUGCAUGAAUGGGAGACUGAACCUGGUUUUUAUUUUUGCCUUGCAAUACUCAUGAAUUUGUAUUUGAAUCAACUUUUAUAUUUAUUUUAGUUUGAUUCAA